AUGGAAUCAAAACAAUUUGCAGUUGAUCAAAAGAAAGCAGACUUAGAAUACUAUUGGGAUUCAUACUCUACAAUUAAUAUUCAUGAACAAAUGAUUAGUGAUUAUACUCGAACACAUACUUAUGAAAAAGCAAUUAAUGCUUGUAAUAUUAAAGGAAAGAUUGUUCUUGAUGUUGGAUGUGGUCUUGGGAUUUUAUCAUUAUUUGCUGCAAGAGCUGGUGCUAAACAUGUAUAUGCAAUUGAACGAGCUGCAAUUGGAGAAAAAGCAAUAGAAGUUAUCAAAAAUAAUGGGUUUGAAGAUGUUAUUACUGUUAUUCGUGGAAGAGUUGAAGAUAUUACAUUACCAGUUGAACGUGUUGAUGUAAUUAUUUCAGAGUGGAUGGGAUAUAAUUUAUUAUAUGAAUCAAUGUUAGGAUCAGUUCUUUAUGCUAGAGAUAAAUGGUUGAUAAAAGGUGGAUUAAUAUUACCUGAUAAAUGUACUAUGCAUAUCAAUGGUAUUGAAGAUCAAUGGUAUUAUGAUAAUAAAAUUAAUUUUUGGAGAAAUGUUUAUGGAUUUAAUAUGACUCCAAUGAGGGCUGAAGUAUUAAAAGAACCAUUAGUAGAAACUCUUAAUUCUUCUUCUAUUGUAACUUCUGAUGAUUGUAUAUUAACUAUUGAUAUUAAUACAAUGAAAUAUGAAGACCAAUGUUUUACUUCUCCUUUUAAAAUUAAAGCUUUUAGAGAAGAUUUUGUAUAUGGUUUUUCUACUUGGUUUGAUGUUUCAUUCCCUCAAAGUGGUGAAGUUCUUACAACAUCUCCUUAUCAAGUAGAAACACAUUGGCAUCAAUCAAUGUUUUAUCUUGAUGAACCAAUUACUGUUGCAGCAGGUGAAAUUAUUGAAGGAACUUAUUCAUUAAAAUUUAAUGAUAUUAAUCCAAGAUUCCUUGAUAUAGAAAUAUCCUUCAAUUUCCAUGGGGUGUUCCAUUCAGCAACAGGAACAAUGAAAUAUCAAAUGCAAUAA